CAAAUCCUUAUCAGCCCCCACCCCCACCCACUCUCUCCAUCUCACCUCCCUUCUCUCUCUCCUCCUCCUCAACUCAAGAACUCAAAAAUGGCGGAAAAAACAGCUCCCUCCUCAAUGGCGGAACCUACUAAAGAAACCCAACUUCAAAACGACGACGUCGAAUCAUCCAACGACGAUUCCGAAACAACAACUUCCCACCAUCUAACUCCCCAACCCGGGUUGACUCACGACGAGUUCGCAUCCCUAAUACCAAGUAUAGCUGAGUUUCAUACAUACCGAGUCAAGAAAGGGCGCCAAUGUUCAUCUCUACUCGCGCAAAAAAUCCACGCGCCACGCGCCGCCGUGUGGUCCGUCGUGCGGCGCUUCGAUAAACCCCAAACUUAUAAACACUUCAUAAAGAACUGCUUCGUACGUGACGGAUUCACUCUCACUGUAGGCUGCACGCGCGAAGUCAACGUCAUCUCUGGCCUCCCCGCCGCCACAAGCACUGAGCGCCUCGAUAUCUUAGACGAUACCCGCUGUGUUACCGGCUUUACUAUCAUUGGUGGCGAACACCGCCUCCGUAACUACCACUCUGUCACUUCCCUGCACGCGCUCGAUCAGGAUACCGCGACGAUCGUGUUGGAGUCUUAUAUUGUAGACGUGCCGGAGGGAAAUAGUGAGGAAGACACGCGCCUAUUUGCCGAUACCGUGGUGAGAUUGAACCUUCAGAAGCUAGCUUCGGUGGCCGCAGCUGCUGGAUUGGCGCGUGAGAGUGCAAGUGGGGGUUGUGCCGCCAUGGAAAACAGGUGAUAGUUGGUGGGGUCCAGUUUUUGCAAAUUGAGUGAAAAAGCGGGGGAAUCUGAAUCUGAGACGUAAAGGACAUUUUUCCUUUCUUGUUCUGAUUUUCUUUCUGCCGUUUUUUUUUUCUUUCUGAGGUGUUUUAUUACUCCUUUGGGAUUAUUUUUUUUUUUAAUGAAUGAUGUUAAUUUUUGUGAUUGGAAAUCGUCCCACUUAAAAAAGUGAAGAAAGGGAAAGAAAAAAUAAAAGGGCGGGCGAAAAUUGACGAUUGGUCGAAAA